AUGGCGCCUGACGCUGCCUUUUCUAACAUCUCCGACAAAAAUGAGUUUACCAAAUUCGCAAAGUUCCUAGCCUACAAAGGCGUUCAAGUGAUAGUAGAGUCGAGGAAAGGAGUCAAAAUCGAAGUUAAUAGCAAACCACGCACGUCUGACUCCGACUGGUUUAAUCUCCAAAUACCUGACUCCCCAGAAGUGAAUCAGGCAACCAAAAAUGCCUUGCCGUCUGACAGGAUACUAGAGACCAUAAGGUCGAAAUUACAUGUAGAAAUAUCAGUCCAAACUGAAGAUGGAGACGAAAUGGUCUUGGAACUGUGGACUUUGGAAUUGGACGAAACACAAUUCGACACAUCGUUAAAAGCUAUGAACACCGUAUACUUCCGAAUGGGAAUCCUGUUAAAAUCCCUAAUAACUAUCACUAGAAUAACACCAGCGUACCAUUUAUCUAGGAAGCAAAGAACUGAAUCUUUCACUAUAUUCUAUAGGGUAUACAAUGGAGAACCAAAGUUGAAGGCCUUAGGGGAAUCGAUAAAAAAAAUCCAAGCAGGAUUGUUGAAAACUCCUUUAGGUGGCCUGUGCUACGUGGUAUCUUACCGUACAAACUUCUCCAUAUCGCCAAACAGAUCUGACAAGAGUAAGACAUUGCUUUUGAAAAGUGACCACUUCGAACUCAGUCCUAAACACGUCAUCUUUGAGUCGAAAAAGAAGAAAGAAAUUAAAGAGAAGGAGAUUAAACAAGCGAGACCUGUCGACUUGAAUAAACCGCUGAGAUUGGCAGCGUUUGUCGACGAGCGCGUAGUUCGACAGGCCUUCGAAGACUUCUUCAAGAAGAUGCCCGUGCCUAAAUGCAGAUUCAAGCCAAAGCCGAAAUCUCCAGAGAAACCACCACAGUCAAAGAGCACUCAAGAGUUGGAUACUACACAAAUCUCUAGAAGUCCAACCUCCUUGGAGCUGCCUCCGAAAAAGUUCUCCGGAUUUCGAAAUGAGAACGAACCUCCUUUGAAAUUGCUGCAUUUUCCUUUCGCGGACAACCAUCCAAUAAGAGAGCUCGCAGAGUUUUACAAGGACUUCUUCAACGCACCGCACUUGAAAUUGACUGAUGACUUGAAAUCCAAGUCUAAGAGUACCGAGUCUUUGAAAGAGGAUGUAGACUUGGCCAGUGAGGAUCUGUCGAAGGAUUUGGAAGUGUACGAGAGUUCAGUUCAGGAGUUUGAUGAACUUUUAGAAGACAUGUGUAGGUCGGCCGAGUGGAGCGGUAAUUGAUGGGAACAAGGUUUUAUUCGGGUAUUGAUAAACUUGGGCAACGCUGGAAUCUCGUACUAUUAUUUAUAUUAAAGAAAUUCUUGAAUUGUUUUCCUGGUUUAACAGAAAGCUCGAUGAAGUAUGGGACUGAGUUCAUCUUCCGAUGAAUGUACUUCUGCCCCAAUUCGGAACAUAAUCGCGUCGUAAGCGUUAUGUGUGUCAAAUUCUUGAAUUCUUUUAGUAAGUCAUUAUUUUCAAUUUGUAAUGUUCGGAGACGGCGAUACAACUCACCCACCUAUCGCGCUGCGCUCAUAAAGUUCAUUCAAAAGGGGGUACUCAGAUACUGCGUUGGCUGGACCUCUUAACGUUAAUUUAUAUCUUGAAUUUAUAUGCAGAGUAAUCAAUCAAAUCAAUAUUUUAUUGCGUACGUAUUGAGAUUCUUAGCAAUGUCCAAGUAAUUAAUUACACACUUUUGUCCUAUUUUUGUUUGAAUUAUUAAUGUUGUAAAAAGAAUUAAAAAAAUAUUCCAAAGUAAAUUGUGAUAAAAUGUUAACAAUGGACAAAAGUGUGUGGUUUCACACUGGUUUCGGGAAAAAGACUGAAAAGCUCGGAUAUUUGGAUGACUGUAUAGUUACUGUUAUAAUUUUAUUGUAGUUAGUAAAUAUAAAGUGUCUGCAAAAGAGACUGUCAACUAGAAUUUGCAUCUAGGAUUUUGAGGAUACAUCGUAUCUAGCAAUAGGCUCGCCCCCUAUUACACGGGACUCAAGCCUAGGUUACACAUCAUCAUCAUCAUCAUCAUCAUCAGCCCUUAACGUCCCCACUGCUGGGGCACGGGCCUUCCCUAUGGAUGGAUAGGGAGAUCGGGCCUUAAACCAUCACGCGGGCCCAGUGCGGAUUGAUGGUUAUUAACGACUGCUAAUGCAGCUGGGACCAACGGCUCAACGUGCCUUCCGAAGCACGGAGGAGCUCGAGAUGAAAACUUUUUUUUUUUGUGGUCACCCAUCCUAUGACCGGCCUUUGCGAAAGUUGCUUUACUUCAACAAUCGCAGACCGAGCGCGUUUACCGCUGCGCCACCGAGCUCCUCAGGUUACACAGUGCGAGCUAACAUGCGAGCUGACCGAGUCAGUUAUUGAGGUGCAGCUACUACACACGUGUGACCGCAUCAUACGAGUUACUGUCAUGUUGCGAGUGGGGACCAGUCGCUCGCGAUCGAGUUACUUCAACAUUUUUUGUUUUUACUCGCUACUUGCCUUCCCCCACCACACCACUCGCACGUCGCUCGGUCAUCAACUCGCACGAUUUUGCGAAACGACAGGUAGCUCGUACGCUCUGGCCGACGCUGGGUACAAUGUUUCUUGUUUGGGCGACAUGAUACAAACGAAUUAUACCAGUGCACUGGUAUAGUAGCUGUCUUCUGCGACGCCAGCAGUUUGCAUAGUGUGACCGUGCGAGGCGAGUCGAGUUACUGUCAUACGAGUACACAGGGCCAGUAGCUGUCUAUUGUCACAUCAGCUGCUCGCACUGUGUAACCUAACCUUCAAACAGCUGGUGAGGGUCCGUGUGUACAGUCAUGAGCAAUAUAAUGUAACCACUUUAGGACUCUGUCGCACUAACAUAUUUGACAUUUAAUGAGACUUAAAAUUCAAUUUGUCAAAAAAGUUAAUGUGACAUGGUUGCAAAGUGUAUACAUAUUAGUACUCGCGACCGUAUAUUAUACACCUCUGCCUAGAUACGGUGAUGUUAUGCUAUUAUAUCGAACUCCUGUGGUUCAACUGCUUCUAAAACGGGGAACGCCUGUUCGAAACCCGGUACCGGACUUGCACCAAUGAGUUAUUAAUUUAUCUUAAGUGCAGUUUUCACAUACACAGUUGGCUCGACCUUUAUAGACGCUGAUACGGUUCACUACCUAUCACGUUGGUCUAACAGAAAGCUCGGUGAGGCGUGGAUACUUAGUUCAUCUUGCGAUGGGUGUACCUCUGCCUACCCCAAUUGGGAUAUAGUCGUGAGCUUAUGUUAUGUUAUAUCGAAGACACCACAAUGUUAUUUAAUAGCAGCAGUUGACAGUCUCAUCUUCACUAGUAGAUGUAAUAUUAUGAACCUUUAUUUGAAAGGGUCUUACUUUUUUAUGUGCUCUACUGUAUAUAUUAUUUUUUUGCAAUCAAUGAACUUUUAAAAAUAUCUCUUAUGUAAGUCUUGCAGGCAGAAUAGUAACCUCUAAAGGGAACAAGUAUUUUCAUAUUCAUCUUUGUUUAAAAAAAUAUUAUGUAUGUAAUUAGAUUGAAAGUUCAGAAAAGUGAAAAUUGUUUUUUAUGAUUUCUUUUUACUUAGUUUUUAACGAAUGCAGUACAUAUAUUAUAUUGUUUAUUUUGCAUAGUUUGAGAUUUAUGCGGUUAUUUUUAUCACUAAAAUAUAACUGGAUUCUUACCGCGUUAAAUGGGGAACUUCAGUUUCUUCAAUAAUCCCAUGAUCAUGGCACUUGCAAGUGUCAAAAUAUCGGGAGUCCCAUAAAUAGACUUUUUUCAUUAUUUGUGUAUUAGGUUGUUUAUACAACCCACAUACGUCCCAGGCCUCGGGGUUUUCCUAUUCUUUCCUAUACUUUAGUAUUAUGUUAUGUAUCUAUUUUGUAAUGCAUUUGAUAAAGACAAAACACAACUCCUGUGCAACUAGCGCCAAAAUUAAGUAUAGAAUUCGACUAGCGGACAAACUUAGCAACUAUUGCAACAUCUGACAGUUCUGCCCAUUUUAUUCAAUAAAUACAUAUGUAUAAUCUGGAUUAGAGUGACAGCUGCUGUCAAUAAUUUUCUUGAUCUUCCUCUCUUUCACACUAGGCUGUAUACUAUAUUUUUGUCCUGCAGUAAUUUCAAUAAUCCUAUAUCUAAUGGGUUAAUCUGUAUGUAUGUCCCAUUUACAGCAAAAUACUAUUCCCUUUUGACUUCAUUGUCUUUGAGCGAACAUUACUAUGAAUGUUUUGCUUAAUAGAUGUUUUAAAUUGAGCCUUCUCAGUACCUGCUUGAGAAUUUUAUAUUUUAUCAAUUAUGAAACAUUUAUAAAUUGUAUAAUGAUGUUUUAGUAUAAAGAAUUUCUUUGUAAUUCUGUUUCUGAUUUUGUAUAAUUAAGUUAUUUAGGUUUCAGUUGUUGUGUAGACCAUUUAAUAAUGAACUAUGUUUUAAGUCCUGCAAAGAAUAGGCAACGAGUUGAGCCUUGCUUACAGCCUAGUUUUUGAUGAUUUUUGGCCAUUUAUUUUUAACAUUUGGAUUAUUUUGAACUUUGCAUACUUGGCUGGUAUACUGAUGCAAGUCAGGUAAUUUUGUAUCUUAUUUUUUGUCCCAUGUUGGUCUACACAAAUGAACUUUUAAAAUAGCCACAAAUGCCUUAAUUUGCUCAUUGUGUACUUUUUUUUGUAGUGAUAAAUGUAAAUAAAAUUAUAACAUUAAUGA